AUGCAAAUCUUCGUCAAGACCCUCACUGGCAAGACUAUCACCUUGGAGGUUGAGUCAUCUGAUUCAAUCGAGAACGUCAAGAACAAGAUUCAAGACAAGGAAGGCAUUCCUCCUGAUCAGCAACGUCUCAUCUUUGCCGGCAAGCAACUUGAAGAUGGCCGCACUUUGUCCGAUUACAACAUCCAAAAGGAGUCCACUCUUCACUUGGUGCUUCGUCUUCGUGGUGGUAUGCAGAUCUUUGUGAAGACUCUCACUGGCAAGACUAUCACCUUGGAGGUGGAAUCCUCUGACUCUAUUGAGAACGUCAAGAACAAGAUCCAAGACAAGGAAGGUAUCCCACCAGACCAGCAACGUCUCAUCUUUGCCGGCAAACAACUUGAGGAUGGCCGCACUCUCUCUGAUUACAACAUCCAAAAGGAAUCUACUUUGCACUUGGUGUUGCGUCUUCGUGGUGGUAUGCAAAUCUUCGUCAAGACUUUGACUGGCAAGACCAUUACUUUGGAGGUGGAAUCCUCUGAUUCCAUUGAAAACGUCAAGAACAAGAUCCAAGACAAGGAAGGUAUUCCUCCAGACCAGCAACGCUUGAUCUUUGCCGGCAAGCAGCUUGAAGAUGGCCGUACUUUGUCCGAUUACAACAUCCAAAAGGAAUCCACUCUUCACCUGGUCCUCCGUCUUCGUGGUGGUAUGCAAAUCUUUGUGAAGACUUUGACUGGCAAGACCAUUACUUUGGAGGUGGAAUCUUCUGAUUCUAUUGAAAACGUCAAGAACAAGAUCCAGGAUAAGGAAGGUAUCCCACCAGACCAGCAACGCUUGAUCUUUGCAGGCAAGCAACUCGAGGAUGGUCGUACUUUGUCUGAUUACAACAUUCAAAAGGAGUCCACUCUUCACCUUGUCCUCCGUCUUCGUGGCGGUUUUUAG